GACGUCUUCAUCCUGUCAGAGGUGUUCGUCUUGCGGCUCACUUCCGGUGCCUCGACCCCGAGGCAUGGCCUACUUCGAUUCCGCCCUCGUGCUCUUGGUGCUUCUCCUAUGGAGUCCGAUCACCUCCGGUGACCCUCAGGCCAAUCUCCUUCAAGCCGGCUGCAGCUUAUACAACUCCACCAACGCCUCCGUCUUCGCCGCCACCUUGAACCGCACCUUCGCCGACCUCCGCUCCAACAUCUCCUCCGCCGCCGCCGCCGGCAGCGCCGCGGCCCACUUCGUGACCGCGGCUGGAGUCUCCUCCCAGCCCGUCUACGCCCUCUUCCAGUGCCGCGGCUACCUCUCCAUGGCCGACUGCCUCGCUUGCUUCUCCGUCGCAGAAGACCGCAUCCGCCGGUGCGGCGCCGCCAACGGCGCUCGCGUCGUGUACGACGGGUGCUUCCUCCGCUACGAGAGCGCCCCCUUCUCCGACCAGGGCACGCUCCCGGGGAACGCCAACUUCUGCGGCAGCCGCAACGCGACGACGAGCGCAGGGCCAGCCGGGUUCGCCUCCGCGGGGCUGGCACUGGUGAAGGAUUUGAGAGACGCCACGCCGAUGGCGCCGGAGUUCUUCACGGCGGCGGAGAGGGAGGGGGUGUUCGGGAUAGCGCAGUGCGUGGAGACGCUCAGCGAGGCGGUAUGCCGACAGUGCCUGGAGACGGCGGUAAACAAUGUAGUGUUGUGUCUGCCGAGCGCCGACGGCCGGGCGGUGGACGCCGGCUGCUUCAUGAGGUACUCCAACCAGCCCUUCUUCCCCGCCAACCAAACCAUGGAUUUAUCCCCUUUCUUGAAUUCAGGGAGAUCAAGCAAGCGGAGGGUCAUAAUUUGGGGCGUCGCUGGAGGAGUCUGCGGCCUGUUGCUACUUGUAGGGCUUGUAGCACUUCUGUGGAUCAGAAGAUCUAGAUAUCAACAAGGCCCCCGAAAAGGAGAUAUAUUAGGGGCCACUGAGUUACAAGGUCCAAUAAAUUUCCAUUACGAGGAUCUUAAAAAAGCUACAAAUAAUUUCAGUGAAGACAGUAAUAAAUUAGGAGAAGGAGGUUUUGGGGAUGUGUACAAGGGCACACUGAAAAAUGGGAUUACAGUGGCUGUAAAGCGACUGGCAAUUGCUCAAGUUAGUAGGGCAAGAGCAGAUUUUCAGAGUGAAGUGAAGAUCAUUAGCAAUGUUCAUCAUAGAAACUUAAUCCGUCUGCUUGGAUGUUCUAGCAAAGGCCAAGAUUUUCUUCUUGUCUAUGAGUACAUGGCAAAUAGCAGCCUCGACAAGUUCAUAUUUGGUGACAAACGUGGAUCCCUCAAUUGGAAACAGAGAUUCUCCAUAAUCGUCGGCAUGGCUCGUGGGCUUUCUUACCUGCAUCAGGAAUUCCACUUUUGUAUCAUACAUCGCGAUAUCAAAUGCAGCAACAUUCUUCUUGAUGAUGAUUUCCAGCCAAGGAUUGCAGACUUUGGCCUAGCGCGCCUUCUGCCGGAGGACAGGAGUCACCUCAGCACUAGGUUUGCUGGCACUCUGGGAUAUACAGCACCUGAGUAUGCAAUCCAGGGGCAGCUCUCUGAAAAGGUCGAUACAUAUAGCUUCGGCGUAGUCGUUCUUGAAAUGAUAAGCGGACGGAAAAACAAUGACAUAAAGCUCGAGCCUUUGACUCAAUAUCUCCUUGAAUGGGCUUGGAAACUAUACGAACGCGAUCGAUUGAUGGAGUUGGUCGACGAAAGCUUAGAUCCUAGUGAAUUUUCUCCAGAAGAGGUGAAGAGGAUUGUUAAAAUAGCUCUUCUCUGCACGCAAUCUGCUGCAGCUGAGAGGCCGACAAUGUCAGAGGUUGUUGUUAUGUUGCUGAGCCAGAGUGAUGCUACUCCUCAGCCGACAAGACCGACCUUCAUAGAUGCUGCAAGUAGUGUUGAAGGUAAUGUUGUAUCCUUCACCACCGGCUCAUUUUCUACCUCGCAUGCAACUGUUUCUGUAUCUCAGUUCUCUGCUCGUUAAUGUUCCAUGACAAGUAGCAAGCAUCCUGUUCCAAUGAAGUAAAAAACAUAAUUUUUACAAACCGUUACAUAUUCUGAUUGUAUAUUUAGAUGAAAGAAUAUGUAUUCUAAGUGAGCCAAGACUGAUUGUUUUUCCUUAAAAAUUGUUGCAAUGUUGAGAAGUUUUCACGGCAAUUGACCAAAGGGUGUACUUUCAUAUUCUAAUUGUAUAUUUAGAUGAGUAUGUAUUCUAAGUGAGUUAAGACUG